AGAAUCGUGGCAGUAGGGGACUUGCAUGGCGACAGUGGAAACGCGCAGAAGGUUCUGCAGAUGGCGGGAGUGGUAGACGACCACGGGAAGUGGACCGGCGGUGUGGACUUCUUCGUGCAGACGGGUGAUAUGAUCGACAGAGGGGAUGAUACUAUAAAACUAUUCACCUGGAUGGAAGAACUACGAGUGCAGGCUGAGCAGGUUGGCGGCAGGGUAUUGUCGCAUCUGGGGAACCACGAAGUCAUGAACGCGAUAGGUGACUGGAGAUACGUCCCCGAGAGCGAGAUCAAAACCUUCGGCUCUGUCGCCUCCCGCCAAAAGAUGCUCACAACAGGCCGUAUUGGCCGCGCGUGGGCCACAAACUACACAGUCACAUCCCGCCUUCCUCUUCACCCAUCUCUUGGUCCUCCUAACACGCCCUACCCCCCAUCCGGCUCCACUCAUCGUACCCUUCCUCGUCCCUUCUCCCAUGCAGCAUACUCCUUCCUGCACGGAGGCCUCUCACCCACAUAUCCAAACCUUACCCCCUUCCCUUCGGCGAUCAAUGCUAUUGGGUCAUCAUUACUGAAGAGGCUACAGGGCAGGGAGCAGCCACCACCGCAUCCUCCACAUCCAUAUCCUGGCUUACCACACGAUGCAACGAGUGACGAGAAGGAGCUGUAUGAUGCGAACGGGCCACUGUGGUACAGAGGAUGGGCCAUGUUGGACGAUAAGACGGUAUGCGCGCAAGUAGAUGAAGUGUUGGAAAAGACAGGGACAAGGAGAAUGAUUAUGGGGCAUACCCCCGAUUUCACGAAACAAGUCUCCCGCUGUGGCGGUAAAAUCAUUAUCAUCGAUACCGGCAUCUCUCAUGCAUACGGAGGCGUGUUAUCCGCGCUUUCGAUCGAGUACGCGCUCACGCCACUUUCGACAUUAUCCGAAUCUGGACAAAAGCAAUGGAAGGAGACUGAGUUCAUCAAGGCAAUUUACGUGGGCAAAGAAGAGGUGUUCGUGAACGAGGAACGGAUCGUCGUUGGUGAUGUCUAA